CAGUAGAAUGAUUGCCGCUAACAAAAAGAAAUCUCAGCAGGCACGCAGAUCUCCCUUCUUUUUCCUCUCACUCUGUUUCCUUCCUCUCCUCCUUUUCUUCUUCUUUACCUUCACUUCCACCCCCAAAUCCUUCUUCUCAACCACUUCCACAAUCCCAAUCCCACAUUGCAAAACUCGAAUUGCAGGGCAGAAAUUCUUGUGGUACGCCCCUCAUAGUGGGUUUACUAACCAGCUCUCCGAGUUCAAAAAUGCACUUCUAAUGGCCUCUAUCUUGAACCGUACGUUGAUUAUCCCUCCUAUUCUUUCUCACCAUGCCUUAGCUCUCGGCAGCUGUCCUAAGUUUAGGGUUAUGAGUCCCAGAGGGAUCCGGAUUUCAGUUUGGGAUCAUGUCGUCGAUCUCAUUAGAAGUGGGAGGUAUGUCUCAAUGGCUGAUAUCAUUGAUAUUUCUUCAUUACUAUCAUCAUCUUGUCGAGCCAUAGAUUUCAGGGUUUUUGUGUCCUUGUGGUGUGGUUUGGACCUGGAUCUGGCUUGCUCCAGUGAAUCAAAAGCACAACCAUCUAUGAUUGAUCACCUAAAGCAAUGUGGCUCUCUGCUAUCUGGAAUGGAUGGUAAUAUAGAUCGAUGUUUAUUUGCCGUAGAUGCUGAUUGUAGAACAACAGUUUGGACAUGGAAUGAUGAAGUAGAUGGGGCAUUAGAUUCAUUCCAACACGAUGAACAACUCAAGAAGAAAAAGAAGAUUUUGUAUGUUAGAAGACGAAGAGAUGUGUAUAAGACACUUGGACCUGGUAGUGAAGUUGACUCAGCCACUGUUUUGGCAUUUGGGAGCUUAUUUACAGCCCCAUAUAAAGGUUCAGAGCUCUACAUUGAUAUCCGAAAAGCACCAAGAGGAUCAGUGAUAGAAUCUUUAAUUAGAAAGAUUGAAUUCCUUCCGUUUGUCCCUGAGAUCAUAAAUGCGGGAAAGCAGUUUUCCGUUCAGAUCAUAAAGGCUCCAUUUCUCUGUGCACAGCUUAGGUUGCUUGAUGGACAAUUCAAGAACCAUUGGAAAGCUACUUUUUUGGGUUUGAAACAGAAAUUAGAUUCGUUAAAGCAGGCGGAUUCUCAACCAGUUCAUAUUUUUGUGAUGACCGAUCUCCCUCAAGGCAAUUGGACUGGAACCUACUUGGGUGGUUUGGCUGAGGAUUCAAUCAAUUUUAAGCUCUAUUUUCUUAGAGAAGAAGAUUCGUUGGUCACGCAGGUGGCAAAAAAGCUAACAAUUGCCGGGCACGGCCUGAGGUUUGAAUCCAUUGUUGACAGUAUCGAGUCUAUUGAAUUAGUGGCUAAGUUGCAGAAGCAUUGUUCUCCUUAUAUAUUACCUGAUAUACUUCUGUUCAUAGAAGAAACAAUUUGCAGCUGUGGUUCACUUGGUUUCUAUGGAACUGCUGGUUCCACAAUAGCAGACAGUAUUGAGAUUAUGAGAAAAUUUGGUUCAUGUUCAAAUCAAUAAUAGGAUCCCAAAUGAUACGGUGGUAAACUUUAUGAAGUUAUUAUGGCUAUUAUUCUUUGAUUUUUAUUAGUGAAA